GUUUGGUAUGCGAAAUCCGAUCUACAUCAACAUAAUCCGCGAACCACUGGAUCGAUUCAUCUCGUACUAUUAUUUUCUUCGAAGCGGCGACGACUUUCGGCCUUACCUUGUCCGCAGAAAGGCAGGAAACAAUGAAACGUUCGACCACUGCGUAGCAAACAAUGGCCGCGAUUGUGACCCGGCGAAUAUGUGGCUACAGAUUCCGUUUUUCUGCGGACACGAUGCCGAAUGCUGGGAACCAGGAAGCAGCUGGGCUCUCGAACAGGCGAAAAAUAAUCUUCUCCAGAAAUACUUGCUCGUCGGCACUACAAAGUGGAUGGAUGAUUUUGUGAAAAUUUUGGAAAUCGUUCUUCCGCGGAUUUUUACCGGGUGCCUUCACAAGUAUUUGACUGUCGAAGCUGGUUUAGGUGAUAAGUCGCAUCUCAGGAAAACGACGAUGAAAAUCAAGCCGCAAGUCGAUACGGUGUUAAAAAUACGCAAGUCGAAAGUGUGGCAGAUGGAGCAUGAGUUCUACGUGUUUGCGAGAGAUCAUUUUAAUUCCGUUAAGCGCCAUUACACGCAGGUGGUUAGCGAUGGAGCCGACGGGAUCAAAGCUCAACAGAAGUUCCACUACGAGAAGAUACGACCGCGAUAGCC